UAAAAAAUUUAUUAAAGUGGAUCUACUACCCAAAUUCAAAGCAAAAUAUUUCAAUAUCCCAAAAAAAAAAAAAAAAACUCAAAGUCUCUUGUUUUCCUUAUUCUACCCAUUUGCAAAGUUAUCAAGCACCUUGCUUUUCCCUUGGAUAUGGGUAGCCCUUUACAAUUCCAUAUCUGAUUUUAAUCCUUAUACUUUUUUUUUCCUGUUCAUUUCGUCAGUUUCUUGCUUAUAUCAAGUUUCUGCCGACAAAUAUAAGAUAAAAAAGGGGGUUUAUUGGCAUUGCUACCUAUUGCUAUUCUUUUUCCACUUCAAUAAUAUAUGGGCUGAGGUGCACAUUUCAUGGGAGGUGUAGAGGAUGAUGAACCAGCCUCAAAACGCAUGAAACUAUCCUCUGAAGCAUUGAUACAUCUUUCAAACGGUUCAACUGUUAAAGAGUCUAUAGUUGGGUCUUCAAGAGACUUGAUGGCUCGACCCCUGCAGUCUGAUGGGGGCGAAGAAGUUGUUGGUUCAAAAGGAGUUAUAAAGAAAGUCGAAUUUGUCCGAAUAAUAGCAAAAGCAUUAUACUCACUUGGUUAUAUAAGGAGUGGUGCUCAUUUAGAAGAGGAAUCAGGGAUAGCAUUGCAUUCUUCUAUUAUUAAUGUAUUUAUGCGGCAAGUUCUUGAGGGAGAUUGGGAUGAAAGUGUCGCCACAUUGCACAAUAUUGGUCUAACAGAUGAAAUGAUCAUAAAAUCAGCCUCUUUUCUGAUAUUGGAGCAGAAGUUUUUUGAAUUUUUGGACGAAGAAAAAGUCAUGGAUGCUCUGAAGACACUGAGAACUGAGAUAUCUCCUCUUUGUAUCAAUCAUGGUAGAGUUCGUGAGCUUUCUUUGUCCAUUGUGUCACCCUCUCACUGUUUUACUGUUCGGUCUCCAAAACAAAAUACUUCAAGGGCAAGAUCCCGGACUAAGUUAUUGGAAGAAUUACAGAAGCUGCUUCCUCCAACAGUUAUGGUUCCUGAAAGAAGGUUGGAGCAUUUAGUUGAACAGGCCCUUGGCUUGCAAAGAGAUGCUUGCAUGUUUCACAACUCUUUGGAUGAGGAAAUAUCACUAUUUGCUGAUCAUCAGUGUGCGAGAGAUCAAAUUCCUUCUUAUGCAUUGCAGAUACUACCGGCGCACACUGAUGAAAUAUGGUUUUUGCAAUUUUCACAUAAUGGGAAAUACUUAGCUUCAUCAUCACAUGAUUGCUCAGCAAUCAUUUGGGAGGUUGAUGCAAAUGGAAUAUCUUUAAAACAUAAACUCUCUGGUCACCAGAAACCCGUCUCUUCUGUUUCAUGGAGUCCUGAUGACCACCAGCUUCUCACAUGUGGGGUAGAGGAGGUUGUAAGGCGCUGGGACGCCUCUUCUGGUGAGUGCCUCAGUGUUUAUGAAAAAGCUGGUCUUGGUAUGGUUUCAUGUGGAUGGUCUCCAGAUGGCAAAUGGAUUUUUUCUGGUGUUAAUGAUAAGAGUAUUAGUUUGUGGGAAUUGGAUGGGAGAGAGCUAGAGUGCUGGAAAGGGCAACAUACCCUAAAAAUUUCUGAUUUGGAAAUAACAAGUGAUGGAAAGCAGAUUAUAAGUAUAUGUAGGGAAACAGCAAUAUUAUUACUUGAUAGGGAAGCGAAAGUUGAGAGAUUUAUUGAAGAGGAUCAAACAAUAACUUCGUUCUCAUUAUCAAGAGACAACAGAUUCUUACUGGUAAAUCUUCUAAACCAGGAAAUCCAUUUAUGGAGCAUAGAAGAUGAUCUGAAGCUUGUUUCUAAAUAUAGAGGCCACAAACGCACCCGCUUCAUCAUUAGGUCUUGUUUUGGUGGACUUGAGCAAGCUUUUGUAGCUAGUGGUAGUGAGGACUCACUGGUCUAUAUUUGGCAUAGGGGCACAGGAGAGCUUAUAGAGGCAUUACCAGGUCAUUCUGGAGCUGUUAAUUGUGUGAGCUGGAAUCCAACAAACCCUCACAUGUUGGCAUCAGCCAGCGAUGAUCGUACGAUUCGGAUAUGGGGCUUGAAUAAUCUAAGCGCUAAGCAGAAAGACACUCACGGUAAUGGUAUCCAUUAUUGCAAUGGAGGUACCUGAGAUUGAAUGCUAGGAAUCUCGAAUCUUUAAUGCUUGAUAUGAUUGGUUUCAUGUAAAUAUUUGACGUUGUUGAAUGCUGACAUUCAUAUAAAAAAAGAUAGUCAACAAUGCUGCAGCUUUUUGAUAAUAAA